AUGCAGCGUCGGGCGUGCGGUGUGGGUUGCCAGCCGCGGCUGCCCCAGCCGCCGCUGCGGCGCGCCGUCGCGGUUGUCGUUGCGGCCCAACUGUCCCGCCACCAUGCGGCUGCGGAUUUGCUGUCGACGCCGGCGGUGCCGACAGCCGAGGAGCGGCUGCACCUGCAGAUGCGCGCCCUCCCAUCAGCAGCCGUCGACACUUUGACUGUCGCGGCCAUGGUCGCGGCCGAGGAGGCCUCGGCGGCAAACUGGCAGCAGCAGCAGCAGCAGCAGCAGCAGCAGCAGCAGCAGCAGCAGCAGCAUUCGAAUGAGCAGCCGUGGAGGCCCACUCAACAGAACCUCCAGCACCAGCAGCAGCGCGCCCAGGGCCCCCUGCACGCCCUGCUGUCGAAGAUUCCAAAGUUGGACGGCCGCCUGCGCGGCCUCGUGCUCCUCAACAUUAUGACCGUUCUCAUGGGCAGCAACUGGGUCGUCGUCAAGGCAUCCGCAGACGCCGCCACCAUGACAGACGCCACGAUCUUCAUGUCCAUGCGCUUUCUGCUAGCGGCGAUGCUGUUUGUGCCGUUCUUGAAGCCGCAGGAGAAGCACAUCACCAAGGCCGGCCUUGAGAUCGGCGCUUGGUAUGCGGCCGGCUACGUCGCGCAGGCGCUUGCCCUCGGCCACACCGCGGCGGCGCGCGCGUCGCUGCUGUCGACGUUCACGGUGCUGGCGGUCCCCAUGAUCGCCGGCCUCAGCGGGCAGCGCGUGCGCCCCAUCAUAUGGGCCUGCUCCGCCGCGGCGCUCGUCGGCACUGGCAUGCUGGAGGAGGGGAGUAGCCUGGGCCCCCCGAACGUGGGGGACGCCUGGGCCGUCGCGAGCGCGAUCUGCUUUGCCGCGCAGAUGUUUUUGGCCGAGCGCGCCAUGCAGAAGCUGCCAAAGGGCAGCGAGCUGCCGCUGAUGGCCGUCUCGAUGCUCACCGUCGCCGCGCUCGCGUCCGGCGCCGCGGCUGCCGUCCACGCGGGCGACCUGCCGGCCGCGGCGGACGGCGUGCGGCAGCUGCUCUCGGACUGGCAGGCGGCGCUGCCGGCGGCGCUCGGCGGGGGCGCCGCCGUCCCGGCCGCGGAGGCAGAGGAGGCGGCGCGGACGGCGCAGCAGCUGUUCUACACGGCGGUGGUGUCGACAGACCUAGUGCUGUUCGUGGAACUCAUGGCUCUCCAGAACGUGUCGUCCACCGACGCCGCUAUGAUCUACUCCCUGGAGCCUGUGGCGGGCGCCCUCAUGGCGUACGCGUUCCUGGGGGAGCGCUGGGGCGCCUGGGGCUGGAUCGGCGGCGGCAUCAUCCUGGGGGCAUCGAUGCUCACCCAGGUGGCGGGGCCCUCUGAGAAGGAGGCUGCUGAGAAAGAGGCCGCUGAGGAGGCGGCCGCGCCGGCCGCCGGCGAGGUGGAGCCCGGGCAGCGCGUCCCUGCCGCGGCGGCGGCUCGCGACUGA